AUGAUUUCCUCUAUUACUGCUUACUUGGAAGAACUAAAGGACGCUUUUGUUCCAACUGUGGCCAAGGCUGAAGAAGAUGUUGAAGAAGACGUUGAUGAAGACGAAGAAGAUGAAGAUGAAGAUGAAGACGACGAAGACGAAGACGAAGAAGAACAAGGUGACCAAUUGGACGCUUUGAGAGAAGAAUGCAAGGCUACCGAAGAAGGUAAGCACUUGGUCCACCACUACUUGGAAUGUGCUGAAAGAGUUGCCAAGGCUCAAGAACAACCAGGUUACGAGGACUUGCCAUACAAGGAAGACUGUGUCGAAGAAUUCUUCCACUUACAACAUUACUUGGACGAGUGUGCUGCUCCAAGAUUGUUCGACAAGUUGAAAUAG